AUGUCUCCCCUUAAAGCCUCGGGUCCUGAUGGGAUGCUCGACAAUUUUUUUAUAGAUCACUGGGAUACGGUGGGAAAAGAUGUUGUGGCCGCGGUGACUCGUUUUUUUGAGACUGGAGAGUUUGCCAAAGAAAUUAAUCAGACUUUUGUAGUCUUGAUCCAGAAGAAAAUAGGUGCCAAUUGUUUUGAUUAUUUCCGACCCAUAAGUUUGUGCAAUUUUACUUAUAAGAUCAUCUCUAAGUUGUUGGCGAAUCAAUUGCGCCCCCUCCUUAAGGAUUUACUCUCUCCGUUCCAAUCUGCUUUUGUGCUGGGAAGAUGGAUUGCUGAGAAUAGUAUUAUGGUGCAUGAGGUCUUGGACUCCUUCAAAAAACUCAAGGGCCCCGAGGGAGAGGUGUUCUCUCGGAUGCUCCUUGCGAAGGAAGCCGAGGGUCUGAUUACUGGCUUUAAGGUGAGCAGUCGGAGCCCUUCAAUCACUCGCCUUAUGUAUGCUGACGAUACUGUCGUUUUUUGUAAGGCUAAUAUUAAGGAUGUGGGAGUCGUUCUCGAGUGUAUCAAUGAGUAUGGGUCGUGGUCGGGGCAACAGCUGAAUGUGCAGAAAUUUGCAUAUAUUUUUUCUGGUAUCAUGGCCCGUGAUACUCAAUUGGAGAUUGUGGAUCGGCUUGGGUUUCGCAAGUUGGGGACUGAGGAUAAAUUUUUGGGUAACCCGAUUCUUUGGACAAAGAGUAAGGUGAAGGAUUUUGAGUUCUUAAAGGAGAAGAUCUUAUCUAAGAUUGAAGGGUGGCGAUGCAAACUUUUGUCUCAAGCGGGGAGAGCUACCCUUAUUAGAACGGUGGCCCAGAGCAUCCCUCUUUACUCGAUGUCUUCUUUUCUUCUCCCUAAGUGGAUAGGAGAAGGUGAUGAAGAUCGUUAUUUGGCCCUUGUGGAGUGGGAUGCUUUGUGUCUACCUGUGGACCAGGGGAUGGGGAAUGGGAUUCUUUGGGCCCCUACAAGUGGUUGGUUCCUAGUGUGGCAAGCUCUUUACAUUUCAUUAAGAGGUUCCCAAGCUCUCAGCAAGAUUUUCUUGUGUGGAAGGAUGCAACUGAUGGGGUUUUUUCUCUUAAAGUGGCAUACAAGUCUAUUAUAUAUUAAGCUUCGGGGUAACAACUCUGAUGAGAUUUGGAACCGCAUUUGGAGGCUUAAAAUUACUGAGCGGAUGAAGUUGCUUCCGUGGAAAUUUGGUAAUCGACUUCAAAGGAUCUUUGGUAAUCCUGUAAACUGUGCGUUGUGUGGUGAGAAUGUGGAUUCUUGGUUGCAUUUGUUCUGUCAUUGUCUGUUGGCCAAGGCCACCUGGUAUGGUAGUUAA